AUGGCCAUGGUCACGCCUACUCCCGAGCUGCCUUUGAGCAAGGCAGACUACCGGCACGUAUACGAACCGGCAGAGGAUACGUUUGCGCUCUUGGAUGCGCUCGACGGUGAUGCGGAUCGCCUACGGUCGCUCAACGGUGGCGCUGGCAUGCUAUGCGUCGAGAUUGGGUGUGUACUUCUGCUCCAGCUCGUCGCUAGCUAGCUAGCUCUAGCUGCCUCUACCCCAAUCUGUGCAUUUGCGCGGUAUGCGGUUGCAGAAUAUGCAGAGAUUUGACCACGCUCCAUCUUUUCCUUUUUUUUCUUUUUGCAAUUGGAUAGGAGCGGAAGCGGGUGCGUGUCCGCUUUCCUUGCCGCGCUUCUAGGCGCCACAAAUGCUGGUGAGAGGCCCGCUUUCUUGUGCUAGCCGUCAAGCAGCGUGAUUCUCUCUCACUGACGAGAUCUGCGCCGCUUGUAGCUUUCCUGACGUUGGAUGUCAACGACAAGGCAAAUGUUGCGACGGGGCGCACAGGCACGGCAAAUGGGGUGCGUGACUGACCGGGCAGGAUGGGCAGGAUGGGCAGGAUGAGUGGACGUCAUCUUGGCCACUGAUCUCGACUUGCUCAUGGCUGAAUGCAAUGCGUAGGUGCACUUGUCUCCCAUUCGCUCGGAUAUGUUGUCCGCCCUCUUCUCGAGGUGCAGCAGUCGCAGUGAGACCGCCACAUCCGCUCUCAUCGACAUAUUGCUCUUCAACCCGCCCUAUGUACCCACGACAGAAGCCGAAGAAGCUGCCGCACAGGCAGAUCAAGCCAUUGCAGGCGCAUGGGCCGGCGGAUCAAUGGGCACCCGUCUGGUCGAUCAACUCAUCGAACAAGGCAUCGAGGUGAGACAGACCUCUUUCGCAAUUCGUCAAGAAGCUCGCGUGCUAGAAUCUUCAUGUCAAAUCCUUUUCAGACAGUACUUGCUCCUCGAGGCAUCUUUUAUCUCGUAGCAAUCAGAGGGAAUGAUCCGCCAGCUCUGAUUCGGCGACUCGAGGCCCGCGGGCUGUCUGCACAGGUGAUUGACGCUCUUCCUCGGCCGCCGUGAGAUUCUCUUGACUGACCUUGGUCGUCGCUUACCUGUACAGAUCGCUUUGCAGAGGCGGGCUGGGGGAGAGCAUCUCUUCAUCAUCAGAGCACAGCGCAAGUGA